UCCAGCAUGGGUAUAAUAGAUAGUGAUAAUGAUGCAUUCAAAUAAUAGUGGUUCUCGUCCAUAUUUUACAGGUACUUCUAUACUAAAAUUUAAUAGCCUACUGUAAGUGUUUGGUAUCAAAACUACGUUUCCCACAAUUCUUUCUUUCAAAACGCAGGGUAAAGGGAAGUGGCUGAAGACUGGUGUGGCGGGAGAUAGAAACAUCAGGGAUGUGUGAAUAUGGAAAUGUAUUCAACGUUAGUUAUCAUAAUUUCCUAGCUUGAUCACACAGUACAGACACCAUGUAAUUGUAACGUUACCGACAUAUGGGAUUGAAGGUAGUGUUAUUUACGUAGAUGCAACUAAACUUAGUUGGUGUUGGUUGGUAACAGUUCUACAAAUUUCACUGAUUAGCUAGUCAGCUAACCGGCUAUUUGUACUCCUAAAGACAUUCUGGAUCUACACUUAUGGCUCCCGUGAAAAUUAAACACGUCGUUUCUUUCACUUCUCAGGACCCAAAGCAUUGUGUGGAGAACCUUUGCGCUGUCGAGUGCACGAAACCUUGGUUAUGCAGUCCGCAAGAUCGGAGUGGCGUUCUGAAGGCUGAGCUGCAAAUGGAACGCGCCACACAGAUCGGAUACAUCGAUGUAGGCAACUGUGGAUCCGCCUUUAUUCAGGUAGAUGUAGGACGCUCCUCUUGGUCUGUGGACCAGCCCUACGUCACACUGUUGCCAACAGCAACGCUGAUGAGUCCUGCGGAGUCCAGAGAGGGAAGGGGUCAAACAGGUGUCCGAAUGUUCAAGAGAUCGGACUUCCUGUCCACACGCGCUGAUGAGCUCUGGGACCGUGUUCGAGUCACAUGCAGUCAGCCCUUCAACAGGCGCGCUCAGUUCGGCCUCUCUUUCCUGCGCAUCCGAAGUCCCACGGAGGAUGGCGAGGGAGGGGGCGAGCUGCAAGGAGAGGGGUCUGACAGCCAGUUAUUGCCAGAGCAACAAACGUCGAAGGUGAGGGAGUGGCUGUCCAGCCCGGCUGUCCAGAAGACCUUCUUUGGAAGAGGAGCAAGGGAGGAUUCCCCAGAGGUCACCCAGAAAGGUGGGGCGUUCAAGGGCUGUCGGGGCAGUGGGGCAGGUCUGAGCAGAACAGCUCUCAUGGUCAUCACAGCUGCCCAGUCCGGUAGGUGCUCCCUUCCUGCACUUUCCAGCUGCACUUCCUCCAGUCCCCAGCAACACACCAAGGCCACACAUCCUACCAGAGAGCGGGGCAGCUGCACUGGUGGCAAGGCUGACAUUACUAUGGAACCUGGCAAGAAAAAGACAAGCAGACAGAUGAAAAGAAAGCCAGAUUCAAAAAUUAGGCCACAGGCUCACAGCGCCACCUCCUGGAAGAGGGUCAAACCUUCAGCUUGUGAGCAGUCUCCCAUUAUUAGCCCCCCAUGCUCGUCCACAGACUACAGUGCAUCAGGGGACCCUGAAACCUGCUGCCCCUUAUGUGGAGGGAACUUCAGCUCUGACUACUUGCCCCUGCAUGCCUCUUCCUGCGAGGGGAACGAGUCAGACACAUCAUUGGGCGUGGUGGAGCUGAGCUUCACCCCGCCCCCUGCCCCUGACCUUGCCUCCAGUGCAGAGGAGGAGCUGGUCCCCUGCCCGCUGUGUUCCUUCAGGUACCCUGUCUCCCGGAUCCAGCAGCAUGCCAGCAGCUGUGGGGAUGUGGAGGAACCCGAAUGGAUGUGGGCGAGUUGACUCUCCCUCUGGAUGGGGCUCAUCGCCUCGCCUCACUUUUGCGGCUCAUUCUGAUGCAGCUAUUAAUGUUGGGGACGUCGCCCCCACCACCUGGGGGACAGUAAUUACAGGACUCACUGAUGCCUCCUCCCUGAGACUCACAUUGGACUCAGUUAUU